AGAUGCCAGGCGUUCUGUGUGUUUUGCUCUUUGUAUGUGGUGUGGCAGCCGCCGAAAACUCAACCUCAACUAAGUCAGGAGCUCUUGGAGAUGACUUGAAGGUCGUUGACGAGAUCUUUGACAGUACAUAUUGCACCCCUGUCAACAUGGCAUGCUAUGCAACGUAUGAAUGUUGCCCUGGAUACCAAUGUACGAGGUCGCCAUCUGGGUUUGGAAACACUUGUCAAGGAAAUGGACAAAUGUGUACGCCUGAGUCUCAACCCUGUUCUCCGGGCUCAAAUCAGCAGUGCUGUAACACUGGUCUGUGCACACUUGAGGGAAGCGGAUAUGUAUGCAGAACAGCUGGUGGGUGCUUAACUAGUGGUAGUCUAUGCACACCCGGAUCAAUAAGGUGUUGUGGGAACACUGAGUGUACAUACAAACCUGGUUCUAACUUUGCUACCUGUCAGGAAUCCAAUCAGUGUGUCCCGGAGUACCAAACCUGUUCCCCUAAUGACCCCAUGAUGCCAUGCUGCAACAACGGACAGUGUCAGUACAACAAUGGACAAUACACCUGCAGCAUUGGAGGACAGUGUAUUCCUGAAAAUCAAAGAUGUAGUCCCAGCGACCCGCUCCAAUCGUGUUGUAACAACGGGCAGUGUCAGUACAGUAACGGACAGUUCAUGUGCAGUGCUGGGAACGGACAGUGCGUACCGGAGAACCAAAUAUGUACCCCCAAUGACCCCAUGAUGCAAUGCUGUAACAACGGACAGUGUCAGUACAACUUCGGUCAGUACACCUGCAGCUCAGGGAACGGACAGUGCGUCCCGGAGUACCAGAUAUGUACCCCCAAUGACCCCAUGAUGCCAUGCUGUAACAACGGACAGUGUCAGUACAACAACGGACAGUACACCUGUAGCUCAGGGAACGGACAGUGCGUCCCGGAGUUCCAAAUAUGUAACCCCAAUGAUCCCAUGAUGCCAUGCUGUAACAACGGACAGUGUCAGUACGACAACGGACAGUUCACCUGCAGCUCAGGGAACGGACAGUGCGUCCCGGAGUACCAGAUCUGUACCCCCAAUGACCCCAUGAUGUCAUGCUGUAACAACGGACAGUGUCAAUACAACAACGGACAGUUCACCUGCAGCUCAGGGAACGGACAGUGCGUCCCGGAGUACCAGAUAUGUACCCCCAAUGACCCCAUGAUGCCAUGCUGUAACAACGGACAGUGUCAAUACAACAACGGACAGUUCACCUGCAGCUCAGGGAACGGACAGUGCGUCCCGGAGUACCAGAUCUGUACCCCCAAUGACCCCAUGAUGCCAUGCUGUAACAACGGACAGUGUCAGUACAACAACGGACAGUUCACCUGCAGCUCAGGGAACGGACAGUGCGUCCCGGAGUACCAGAUCUGUACCCCCAAUGACCCCAUGAUGUCAUGCUGUAACAACGGACAGUGUCAGUACAACAACGGAGAGUUCACCUGCAGCUCAGGGAACGGACAGUGCGUCCCGGAGUACCAGAUAUGUACCCCCAAUGACCCCAUGAUGCCAUGCUGUAACAACGGACAGUGUCAAUACAACAACGGACAGUUCACCUGCAGCUCAGGGAACGGACAGUGCGUCCCGGAGUACCAGAUCUGUACCCCCAAUGACUCCAUGAUGCCAUGCUGUAACAACGGACAGUGUCAGUACAACAACGGACAGUUCACCUGCAGCUCAGGGAACGGACAGUGCGUCCCGGAGUACCAGAUCUGUACCCCCAAUGACCCCAUGAUGUCAUGCUGUAACAACGGACAGUGUCAGUACAACAACGGAGAGUUCACCUGCAGCUCAGGGAACGGACAGUGCGUACCGGAGUUCCAGAUAUGUACCCCCAAUGACCCCAUGAUGCCAUGCUGUAACAACGGACAGUGUCAAUACAACAACGGACAGUUCACCUGCAGCUCAGGGAACGGACAGUGCGUCCCGGAGUACCAGAUCUGUACCCCCAAUGACCCCAUGAUGCCAUGCUGUAACAACGGACAGUGUCAGUACAACAACGGACAGUUCACCUGCAGCUCAGGGAACGGACAGUGCGUCCCGGAGUACCAGAUCUGUACCCCCAAUGACCCCAUGAUGUCAUGCUGUAACAACGGACAGUGUCAGUACAACAACGGAGAGUUCACCUGCAGCUCAGGGAACGGACAGUGCGUACCGGAGUACCAGAUAUGUACCCCCAAUGACCCCAUGAUGUCAUGCUGUAACAACGGACAGUGUCAGUACAACAACGGACAGUUCACCUGCAGCUCAGGGAACGGACAGUGCGUCCCGGAGUACCAGAUCUGUACCCCCAAUGACCCCAUGAUGCCAUGCUGUAACAACGGACAGUGUCAGUACAACAACGGACAGUUCACCUGCAGCUCAGGGAACGGACAGUGUAUUCCUGAAUCCCAAACUUGCACCCCCAAUGAUCCAUUCCGUACGUGUUGUAACAAUGGUCAGUGUCAAUACAGCAAUGGUCAGUACAGGUGCAGCGCAGAUAACGCACAGUGUCGACCAGUCGGAAGUGAAUGCAACGCUGUCAACAGGUGCUGCAAAUAUUACGCUUGCCUCCCUUCGGCCGGUGGGCGGACAACGUGCCAGUAUUACUUUAAUGCACAAGUCGAGGAAAACAACCCCAAAAGCGGGGCAGAGGAGGUACCAGAAAGACAAGGACUGACCACUGGAGGAGAAACAGCUGAAGGUGAAGGUCAUGAGAACAACCAUAAACCUGAUGAGUCUCCAGACAGUGGGGAGAUUGCCCUUGGCACUGAGCAUAAGAAAGGGGAGGAAGAGGGUAGUAUUGAAGCAGCAGUUGAUGGCGAAACUACAGAGGCAGAUGACAUGGCGCCUGUGAUUCCGGUUGUGCCUUAAGCUUUCAUUGUCUCUCAGUGUCUGUGUAUUGAUGCCUAAAGAUGGGUCGUCAACAGUAAU